GCAUUCAUUUACAACUUCUGCAGACCACUCUGAUGUAAAGCAGAAUACUGGCUUUAUCAGGGCACGGGCAGUGGUGACCUAACACCACAAACAAAAUGCUCUAUCUAACUUCAUUUUUUUUCCUAACACUACUGCAGUGCUAUAAUGCCCAAACCAAAACACGCCUUACACCUACAGACUGCAAGACCGCCGAAGCAGAUGCAGGAGUGGCCCUGGAUUUGGUCAACAGACAUCGCAGAGAAGGUUAUGUUUUUGGUUUGUUCCGUGUUGCUGAUGCACACGAGCUACGUACAAGAAAUUCAUCAAUUUUUUUCUUAACUUUGGAUGUGCUGGAAACUGAAUGCCCUGUAAUAUCUGGAAGACAUUGGGAGUCUUGUGAAUACGGUGACGUCUAUUCCAUGGACUUCGGGCAAUGUAAGAUUAUCAUGCAUACGAGCCAGCUGUUGAAGAAACCUCAACUACAUGCAUUUAAUUGUACACUAAGUCCAGUUCCUCCCAGUUUAAUACAGUGCAAAGACUGUCUUGUAAAAGGUGAAGUCUUAGAAGUCACUGAGCAACAUAAAGAUACGGCUGCAAAGGCCCUGAAAAAAUUCAACAGCGAGAGCAACCACACAAACUACUUCAGUGUCCUCAAAGUUGAAAAGGUUUUAAAGACGACUGACUCCAAUGAAGUUCUCACUUUAGGAUUCUCUAUAAGGGAGACCAACUGUUCCAAAGAUGUGCAACAGACACAGGAGGCACUGGAUUGUGACGUUCUGGAUAACUGGCAUGCUCAAAAGGGAUUCUGCAAGGCACGAAUCGCCAGUGAUUCAGAUGGUCCCGACGGAACAGAUAUAAGCUGUGAACUCUACCAUCCCUGGCAGCUUCACCAUGGACACAGAUGCGGACACUCACGCCCGGGUGGGCCACACAGACAUCCCCACCAUCAUUUUGGUCACAGACAUCGCCACAGGGACAGACGCCCACCACAUUUUCAAUCCAAACCCGAAGACGCUGAGCAUAGCCAUGGUUUCUACGGAGAACAGGAAGACAGCCACGAAGAAUCUCCUCCCUACCAUGGUAGACGACAUAACCGCCCUCGCCCACCACACCACGGUCCUCCACCUCCUCCUCAAGAGGAACUAGGUCGUACCCCUUCUCCCUAUGAUGAACAACGUAGUUCUCUUCCCCAAGAUGAAACAGAGCAGUCCCCUUCUCCUUCUCCCGAUGAUGAACAACAUGGUCCUUCCCAUGGUCUUCCUCCCCAUCAUGGACCCCACUGUCCUCCUCCUCAUGGACCACAUCACCCACAUCCUCCUCACCACCAUGGACCACACGGUCAUCCCCAUCAUCAUGGGCCACAUCACCCACAUCCUCCUCACCACCAUGGACCACAUGGUUCUCCUCCUCCCCCUCCUGAUGGAUCACAUCACCCACAUCCUCCUCACCACCGUGGACCACACGGUCAUCCCCAUCAUCAUGGGCCACAUCACCCACAUCCUCCUCACCAUCAUGGACCACACUGUCCUCCUCCAGGACACCAUCCUCAUCCCCAUCAUCACCACCGACAUCACUGCAACAAGACAGGCCCACCAGGAAAAUACUUCCCCUUCCAGGUAACAGGAGCUAUCUAUCGCAUUCCAGUUCUAAGCAUGCAGGAUUCUCUCACAGCUCCCAGUGCAAAAUUUCGUGAGCUAUCCCACCUGGGCCCUCAAUCCCCCAGUACCGAUGAAGAUACUUCCUUCACUGACCCGUAUCUAGAGGAGAUGCCAACAAUUAUAGAUUUUCCAGAUGACCGUUCACAAUCAGAGUCAUGCCCAGGAAAACCCAAACUUGAUCUUCCCCAACUUUUGCCUUUGUUUCCAUAUAGCUCCAUAGCACAAACUUCUUCUCCGUGACCCCAGAGAAAGUUCCUGACUUGAGGGCUGUAGGGCCAAUGACAGGUGUACAAUGAAUGAAAAUAGCAUGUGGUGAAGGGGGAAAAGAAUACAACAUGCAAGGAGGAGACACGCUGAAAAUAAUGAUUAAUCCAAGCAUUCCAACCUGCUUCUUGAUCCCAGAUAUCUCAGACUCCCCUGUAACUGAAAGGUUCAAUAGAAUGUGCUUGGGUUCCAAUCUCACCUGCGAAUGAUGCUCCUUUAGUUCUGUCAAAGAAAAUUCACUAACACUGAAAGCUACCUAUCUUCAUUUCCUCAUAAUUCCUCAUUAUAAUGUACUUCUCUGAGGACAUCUGACCACCUACCAUUAAAAAUAAAAAAGAUCCAUGGUACUACAUUCAUUCACACUUUCUGAAGAUCUAAAGAAAAUAAAAUCAUGUAAGCUUUU